AUGUCUGCCGACCAUACCGAAGCAACGGUCUUUUUCGGCUACGGCUCAAACCUAUGGAAGCACCAGAUGCGGGAGCGAUGUCCGAAGUCGAAGUAUCUUGGAAUCGCUCGUCUGAAGGGCUACAAGUGGAUUAUCAACGAGAGGGGCUAUGCGAAUGUGGUCCAGAUCGUUUCGAAGGAAGACGACGAUGAGAAGAAGAAGCAUGAGUACAGCAAAGAAGUCUGGGGUCUGGUCUAUAGUCUUGACAAACAGGACGAGAAGAACCUUGAUGGUAAUGAAGGUGUCCCGAGGGCAUAUACGAAGGAGUGGUUGCAGGUCGACUACUGGCAGGCUGAUGCUGGGGAGGAUGAUGUUGUUGCAUGCCAGGAGGAGAAGGCGAAGAAGGUCAAUAUGCUUGUUUAUAUCAAUCGUAAGCAGAUCUCGGAGUCUAAGCCGAAGGAGGAGUAUAUUUAUCGGAUGAACAUGGGUAUCGAGGAUGCGGUGGAGGAGGGCAUGCCGGAGGAGUACGUUAAGCAGGUUAUGAGGAAUUUCAUUCCGGAAGUUGAGGACGAGGUAGUUGAGGAGGUGGUCAAGGAGGAGAGUGUGAGAUUUGAGGCUGAGAAAGAUCGGUUCACUUGA